UCGGCCGCAGCCGCUACGGCGCUGACAAGAUGGCGGCUGGCGGGGCUGUCGCUGCGGUUCCUGAGUGCCGGCUUCUGCCCUACGCGCUGCACAAGUGGAGCUCCUUCUCUUCUACCUACCUUCCCGAGAACAUUUUAGUGGAUAAACCAAAUGACCAGUCUUCAAGAUGGUCUUCAGAGAGCAACUAUCCUCCCCAGUACUUGAUUCUAAAGCUUGAAAGGCCUGCUAUAGUUCAGAAUAUCACGUUUGGGAAAUAUGAAAAAACGCAUGUCUGCAAUUUGAAGAAAUUUAAAGUCUUCGGUGGGAUGAAUGAAGAAAAUAUGACAGAACUAUUGUCUAGUGGUUUAAAGAAUGAUUAUAACAAAGAAACAUUUACCUUGAAGCAUAAAAUUGAUGAACAGAUGUUCCCUUGUCGAUUCAUUAAGAUAGAUGGCUUGUUCAAUCAGUAUAUCAGUCAACAGGAAUAUAAACCACGAUGGAGUCAAAUCAUUCCCAAAAGCACCAAAGGUGAUGGAGAAGACAACCGGCCAGGAAUGAGAGGGGGCCAUCAGAUGGUUAUUGAUGUUCAAACAGAGACUGUUUAUUUGUUUGGUGGCUGGGAUGGAACACAAGAUCUUGCUGACUUCUGGGCAUACAGUGUGAAGGAGAACCAAUGGACAUGUAUCUCUAGAGACACUGAAAAAGAGAAUGGCCCAAGUGCCAGAUCAUGUCAUAAAAUGUGCAUUGAUAUUCAAAGGAGGCAAAUCUACACAUUGGGACGUUAUUUGGAUUCCUCUGUGAGGAACAGCAAAUCUCUGAAAAGUGAUUUCUACCGUUACGACAUUGACACAAAUACAUGGAUGUUACUAAGUGAAGAUACUGCUGCUGAUGGAGGACCGAAAUUGGUGUUUGAUCAUCAGAUGUGUAUGGAUUCAGAAAAACAUAUGAUCUACACCUUUGGCGGUAGAAUUUUGACAUGUAAUGGCAGUGUAGAUGACAGCAGAGCCAGUGAACCACAAUUCAGUGGAUUGUUUGCUUUCAACUGUCAGUGUCAAACCUGGAAACUUCUUCGAGAGGACUCCUGUAAUGCUGGACCUGAAGACAUCCAAUCUCGGAUAGGACACUGCAUGUUAUUCCACUCAAAAAAUCGUUGUUUAUAUGUUUUUGGUGGACAGAGAUCAAAAACCUAUCUCAAUGAUUUCUUUAGUUACGAUGUGGACUCUGAUCAUGUAGACAUAAUAUCAGAUGGCACCAAGAAAGACUCUGGAAUGGUUCCAAUGACAGGAUUCACACAGAGAGCAACCAUUGAUCCAGAACUAAAUGAAAUACAUGUCUUAUCUGGACUCAGCAAAGACAAGGAAAAGAGAGAAGAGAAUGUCAGAAAUUCAUUCUGGAUUUACGACAUUGUGAGGAAUAGUUGGUCUUGUGUCUAUAAGAAUGAUCAAGCUGCAAAGGAUAAUCCAAGUAAAAGUCUACAGGAGGAGGAACCUUGUCCAAGAUUUGCCCAUCAGCUUGUUUAUGAUGAGUUACAUAAGGUGCAUUACUUAUUUGGUGGGAACCCAGGAAAAUCUUGUUCUCCAAAGAUGAGACUUGAUGACUUCUGGUCACUGAAGCUGUGUCGACCUUCAAAAGAUUACUUGCUGAGACACUGCAAGUACCUCAUAAGAAAACACAGAUUUGAAGAAAAAGCCCAAAUAGAUCCUCUUAGUGCUCUAAAAUAUUUGCAAAAUGAUCUCUAUAUAACUGUGGAUCAUUCAGACCCAGAAGAGACAAAAGAGUUCCAACUCCUAGCUUCUGCUCUAUUCAAAUCUGGUUCAGAUUUUACAGCUUUAGGCUUUUCGGAUGUGGAUCAUACCUAUGCUCAAAGAACUCAGCUCUUUGACACCUUAGUAAAUUUCUUUCCUGACAGCAUGACUCCUCCUAAAGGCAACCUGGUAGAUCUCAUCACACUGUAACUGAAGAGUCACUAGCCACACAAGUGGAGAACAGUAGUCACUUUCAGUGUUUGGAUCACAACUCUGUUGACUGAAGUGAAGCUGCAGUGACUGAGGACUGCACCAGAGUGUUGAAGGGAUCUUUACCAUCACAAGUUUUAACCCUCUUCCUUCGUACUUGACCUCAACCCCAUUCUCAUUUUAUUCCUAAAGUAGGCUAAUAAAGUGAAAUUGGUAUUCUUUCCAUUUAAAUAUAUAUUUUUCUUAUUUUAAUUUUUGGGAGUUAAUGAGUAUAAAAAAUUAAGCUGUUUAUCUUUUUGUAGUUUUUCAUUUCUUUUAAAUUGGAAGAACAGCACUACCAACAGACUCAGAGUGCUACAAGAAUUUGGGAUUUUGUUGCUGUGUAGUUUUGCCUUUGUUUCCUCUUCCCUUUCACUGUACCUCACAGUGACAGCUGCUUAGGAGUGGUGUCAGUUAGUAGACUUCUUCAUUCUUAAACAGGGAUAUAGUUCUGUAGGACAGUUGAUGUAUGUUAAAGUGAUAUAUGUGGUUGACUUGUUUUAUAUUACAUUGAACAAUAGACAAGACAGAGGCUCAAAUUUGCACCUAUUGUCAUAAAACUAAAAAAUGGAACUCAAGAUUGGCCAAGACACCCUAUCACAGAUUGGUAUAUAAUGUUUUAUGUUAUAUUUUAUAGUAGAUAAUACAGUAGCAGUUGGCUUUCACUCACAGAAACUGAUACUAAGAGGAGUCAUUCUAAAAAUGGCCACUAGGAAAGAUCCAGUAGUGAUCAAUAUGUUUGUUGAUAUCUUUGGAACAGUUCUGAAAGAAAUUGACUGCUCUGGUAGAGCUGUUUAAAACCAGGAUUCUCAUUUCUCCCAUGUGCUCUUUUUAGCAGUUCAUUUGGAGGCAUGUGGGAAGUAUUCAUUCAUUCUUUUCGUACAUCUCCUCGAUCUAUUUCUGAAUACUGAUAUGUAUGAAGAGGAAUGAUUUGUGAUUAUCCAGUGCUCUAUAACUGACAGUCAUGUCAUUAAGCACCAUAACCAACGUUUUUUGUUUUUCUGU